AUGGCUUCUUCUAUCCCACGGGGCCUGCGACAGGUCCUCCAGAAAUCUCCUUCGGAUAUUGUCAUCCUCUCGUCCGUACGUACCGCCAUUACCCGCGCGAAGAAAGGCGGUUUCAAAGAUGCAUACCCGGAAGAGCUUCUGGCGCACGUUCUCCGCGCUACCCUUGCCGCGAAUCCAAACCUUGACCCGGCCUUGAUUGAGGAUGUUGCGGUCGGGUCUGUCCUCCAGGAGCUGGGCGGUGCAAAAGCCGGUCGCAUGGCCCAGAUCCAUGCGGGCUUCCCGCACACGGUGCCAUUCCACACCGUCAACAGACAAUGUUCGUCCGGAUUGGCGGCCAUCACAGGUAUCGCCAAUGCGAUCCGUGCCGGUGCCAUCAGCGUAGGUGUCGGCGGAGGUAUGGAGUCAAUGACUCGAAACUACGGCUCCCGCGCCAUUCCCACCGUGCUGUGGCCGGAAUUGAAAGAGUCGCCAUCCAAGGACGCCCGGGACUGCAUUAUGCCCAUGGGAAUCACCUCUGAGAAUGUCGCCAGCCGAUAUGGUAUCACGAGAGCAGACCAGGAUGCUUUUGCGGCUGAGUCUCACAAGAAGGCCGCUGCCGCGCAGUCAGCAGGCUUGUUUGAUGAGGAAAUUGUGCCCGUGACGACGAAGUUCUAUGACCCCGAGAAUCCGGACGCUCCCCCCAAGGAGAUCACGGUCACCAAGGAUGACGGUGUGCGGGCCAAUGUCUCCGUCGAGAAGAUGGCAACCCUGAAGCCUGCGUUUUCAGAGAACGGCUCGAGCACGGCAGGGAACAGCUCGCAGGUCAGUGACGGUGCCGCAGCUACGCUGCUCAUGCGUCGCUCGACUGCCACUGAACUCGGAUUGUCUUCUUCGAUCAAGGGUCGGUGGGUUGCCACCACUGUUGCGGGUGUCGCGCCAGACGAGAUGGGCAUUGGCCCUGCCGCUGCAAUCCCCAAGCUUCUGGAGCAGACUGGCCUGAACAUUUCUGACAUUGGAAUCUGGGAAAUCAACGAGGCGUUCGCAUCCCAGGCGCUCUACUGCAUCCGGAAGCUGGGCAUUGACGAAGCCAAGGUCAACCCCAAGGGCGGUGCCAUCGCACUGGGACACCCGCUGGGUGCAACCGGUGCCCGACAGUUGGCGACCUUGUUGCCAGAAAUGGAGCGGACUGACCAAGAGCUGGGUGUUGUGAGUAUGUGUAUUGGCACUGGAAUGGGCAUGGCAGGCUUGUUCGUGCGCGAAUGA